AUGCGUUACUCCAUCGUCUUCACUGCUGCCCUCGCAGCCUCCGUCCAGGCCCACGGUGUUAUCACCCAGGUCCAGGGUGCCAACGGUGUCAACAUGCCCGGUCUCUCUGUCGCGGAUGGUACCCCUCGUGACUCUGGUAACCCGCUUUCCGGCUCUGAGGCUGAUACUUCCAUCAUCCGUGCUAAGGAGAUGGGUGGCAAGGCGUCUGCUCUUGGACGUACCGCCAGUGGUCCUGUAGAUGCUGGUGCGGCUAUUGCUAAGUUCAUGGGUGCUGGUGCCGGUCUCGGUGCUCUCCUUGGUGGCCUCGGCGGCAACAAGCGUGGUCUUCUCGAUGCCCUCACCGGCGGAGCUGGUGGCGCUGGCGGUGCAGGUGCAGGCACCAAGACACCCAAGGGCACUGCCGAACAGGGCGUCGCUGCCGCCGCUGGCACCGGUGCGUCCACUGGUCUUCCCACCACCGCCGACGACGGCACAGUCACCAUGACCUUCCACCAAGUCAACCAGGACGGUGCCGGUCCCCUCACUGCCCAAAUCGAUGCCACCUCUGGCGGUACCGACCCUGCUGCCUUCCAGGACGCCCAGGUCACCCAGAACGUUCCCGGUAUCGGUAUUGGAGGUCUGUCCGCCGCCUCCACAACCGACUUCCCCGUCAAGGUCCAGAUGCCCGCUGGUAUGACCUGCCAGGGUACCGCCGGUGGCGCCACCAACGUCUGCGUCGUCCGCAUGCAAAACGCAGCUCUCGCUGGUCCCUUUGGUGGCUCCGCUGCCUUCACCCAGAGCGCUGCGGCCAAGAAGAGGGCUGUUGAGUACAACCUCCGCAAGCGCCACAUGGCCCGUGGUAUCCUCGGAAAACCUGAGUAAGCUCUUCAAUUAUUCAACUCAUUGAAUAAGAGGUGGUGUAUGUGCGAGAAAGAGAGAGAGAGAUGUUAAUAUAAUGGGGAGAGAAUGGGGAGAGAACGGGGAACAGAAGAAGAGAUGAAAAAAAGAGAUGGAAUGGUCAACCUUCGGCUGUGAAUUUUGCUGGGCAAUCUUCACGAUCAAGAUGAUCAGGUAAUUGGUGUGGUGCAUGAUUUUCCCCUUUUAUUUACAUCGAGAUUCUCCUGGUCUUGAUGUGUAUAACUGACCUAUCAUACGCUCAUUUUUUACUUGAGUUGAUUGUUUUUUUAUAAUCUCUCUUUUUUAAAACUCUUUUCCUUUGUUUCUUUGUUUGGAUCUAAUUGGAGGGAUGGAUGGGAGAAGGAAAGUUAUAUGAAGGGGGUGGCUGGCUUGGGUUUCUCUGGGCUGCCCCUGGCCGCAAACACAUUUUUAAUAAGAGAGAAGCAAUUGUAUAUAGAUGAAUGAAUAGUGAGUCUGGUU